AUGGGGUUUGGGUUUAGGACCCAAUAUGGCUGCAAUCUACGAAAAGCCAUCUCCCCAACCUUUUGGUUCGAUCAUUGCUGGCCAGCCUCAAGCAAGUACUGGUUCUCUCUGUUGUUCAUCGCCGUCAUCUGCGCCAAAUGUUUACAUAUCUACUCGCAUCUGAACUCGUUACCUCUCGGACAAUUGAUGAUCUGGGGUCCGACAUUCUUUUUGCAAGAUGUAGUGUGUAUCAUGCUCACCCACAGCCUAUGUGUUGAUUAUCAGCGCCGUUGGACGCGUGUCAUAGCAGCCUUGUUGGUGAUACCAGCUAGUUUGGCAAUCUCCGGUCUGUCAGCCGCCAACAUCUCGUUCUACGUCGCAACUGGAGCCGAGAUCCGCUGGAAAAAAGCGCGAAACUUCCACGGCGACAAGGCUGGCAUCAAAACGCUGCUCACCGGAUUAGUGGGUUUAUUCAUUGUUGAGAUCGCUUUUGCUGCCGCAUCCUGGUUAUCAACACCGCAUCUACAUAACUGGACCAAGGUAGCUGUGACAAUCUUUAAGGGUGUUCUGCCGUCUGCCUGUCGCAGGAAACCAACCCCAAUCUUGAAAAGCUAUGAGCGGGUCGCGCCCGAGGACUGGGAUGAGGAUCGAAGUGCUGUUGGGUUGAGCUCGGAUUUGCAGGAAAUAACCCAAGAUAAGGCGAACAAGGAAUCCCGGCCCUCUCUUUGGCUGCGAAUCUUCGUUGUCGCGUUGACUGGCCUGGUGGUGACUUUGCGUUGCAUUCGUCCCUCCAAUGAUGCCUAUAACUUCCUAUCCGAGACUGUCAUUGUCACGCCGUUUGACAGGGAUCAGUCUAGUGCUCAACCAUCAGUGAAUCUACCCGUAUUGACAGGUGAUUACACAUGGUUGGGCAAUCACACAGCCCUGGCAGCACCUCCCAAAUUUGACUGGCUGCCACACGAUAAACUGGCCGGGUUCAGUGACUGGUAUGAAAAUGCAAACCACACUGCGCGUGUGCAUUACAACCCAGGACAUGAUCCAAUCCAUAUCUCCAACCUUGAAAACGAUGUUCUCGAGCCUCUCCGCGAAGCCCUGCAGAGCGGCAGUGUCAACAUCAAGCACGUGUUGCUUCUCAAGCUAGAAAGCACUCGUGCAGAUGUCUUCCCACUUCGCAAGGAAUCCUGGUUUGGGGACAUGAUUCGCGAAUCAUACAAUGACCAACUUCCUUCUGAAGUUGAGGAAAGACUGGGCAACCUAACACCCACUGCAGAGAGACUCACAGCUACUUCUUCUGGGUUCAAUGGAAACAAUACUGUAGCCAAGCCCUAUGGCGGAUUCCAUGCCACUGACGCCCAUACGGCCGGUACCUUUACUCUGAAGAGUAUCCUGGCAACUGUGUGCGGUAUUGAUCCCUUGGUCAUGGACUUCAAUCGCGAAUACCUGCAUCAUAUUUACCAACCAUGCAUGCCACAUGUCUUGGAGGCACUCAACGCUCAGGCCAACCAGACGGGGAUUAUCAACAAAACGGAGGACUAUACCUCUUGGCCAUGGCGAUCCACAUGGAUGCAGUCCAUCACUGACGACUACGACAACCAAGAUCAUCUCACACCCGCGCUGGGCUUUAAACACAAAGUAACUGACAUCAACAUUUCCGAGGACCGAGCAAAGCUGGGUGGCCCUCAACCAAAGAAGUACAACUUCUGGGGAUACCCUGAAACAGAGCUUGCGGAUUAUUACCGGAAUGCAAUCAUUUCGGCAGAGAAUCAGAAGGAACGACUAUUCAUCUCGCACUUGACCGGCAUUACGCAUCACCCUUGGGAUACACCCAACGGAAAGUACGAGGAAAUGAUUAGCCACGGCUGGUUGGGAAAGAAGAACAAAGUAAAUCGCUACCUCAAUACGCUUGGUGUUGUAGACAAAUGGCUCGCCGAGUUGCUGAACAUCCUGGAGGAAACGGGUGUUGCCAACGAGACUCUGGUUGUGAUGGUGGGAGAUCAUGGCGUUUCGCUCCCCGAGAACAGCGGUGUUACCCCAUAUUUCAACCCCCAUAUCGUCAGCUUCCACGUCCCUUUAGUCUUUGCCCACCCUCAACUGCCACCCAUCGAGAUCAACUCUCGAGUAACUUCAUUACAAAUCCUCCCCACGAUUCUUGAUAUUCUAUCGGAAUCCGGAUCCCUCGACAAGCAAGCCAAAUCCGUCAUCGAAGAUCUUCUGCCACUGUACGAAGGUCAAUCAAUGAUCCGACCUGCAAUCCCAGAAAAGGACGGAAAGCAAGACUGGCAGUUCUCAGUCAUGAAUCCUGGAGGAACGUGGGUUGCCAUGCGGUCUGCUGCAAAGCCAUACCGCCUCAUCGUCCCACUAUACCCUGACGUCGAGUGGCGGUUCUCGAAUGUAGAGAGCGACCCCCAGGAGCUUCAGCCACUACAGGAUUUUAAUCUUCUGAAUCUGAUGGAUAUGGUCUUGCCCAAGCAUGGAGAUGAUGCUGUACAGUGGAUUAACGACGCGGCCCACGUGGCGAAGUGGUGGGUUGAGGAAAAUUGGCGGCGCUAUGAAUAUGUGCCGUGA